UUCAAGUCCAAGAUAAAUUCACCUCCACCAAACACCCUUUCUGUCUACUCUCUGUUUGAAAAAACACAUAAACUAAAAUCCUCUCAGUUUUAUCCAACUCCGCCGCCGCUAAAUGUCAGUCCAAGACCCCCCACCACCGUCCCCAUCUCCACCACCGCCGUCAAACGCCGGCGAAACCGAGGACGAAACGUGGGUAUGGACCCAAAUCAAAGCCGAAGCCCGGCGUGACGCCGAAUCCGAACCAGCACUCGCAAGCUACCUCUACUCAACAAUCGCCUCUCACUCCUCUCUCUCCCGAUCUCUCUCCUUCCACCUCGGCAACAAGCUCUGCUCCUCCACGCUCCUCUCCACCCUCCUCUACGACCUCUUCCUCAACACCUUCUCCUCCGACUCCUCCCUCCGCUCCGCCACCGUCGCCGACCUCCGCGCCGCCCGGAUCCGCGACCCGGCCUGCCUCUCCUUCUCCCACUGCCUCCUCAACUACAAAGGCUUCCUCGCUCUCCAAGCCCACCGGGUCGCCCACAAGCUAUGGAUCCAGAACCGAAAACCCAUUUCCCUCGCUCUCCAUUCCCGGGUCUCCGAUGUCUUCUCCGUCGAUAUUCACCCGGCGGCGAGGAUCGGGAAGGGGGUUUUGUUGGAUCAUGCGACGGGGGUGGUGAUCGGAGAGACGGCGGUGGUGGGGAACAAUGUGUCGAUUCUUCACCAUGUGACAUUAGGGGGGACUGGGAAGGUGGGUGGGGACAGACAUCCGAAGAUUGGAGACGGGGUUUUGAUUGGGGCUGGAGCGACGAUUUUGGGGAACGUGAAGAUUGGGGAGGGGGUAAAGAUAGGGGCGGGGUCGGUGGUGUUGAUAGAUGUGCCGCCGUGGACGACGGCGGUGGGGAAUCCGGCGAGGUUGGUGGGUGGGAAGGAACAGCCGAAGGUUCAUGAUGAUGUGCCUGGGGAGUCUAUGGAUCAUACUUCGUUUAUGUCUCACUGGUCUGAUUAUGUUAUUUGACGGUGGUGGUGGUGAAUCGCGGAUUUGGAUUUUCGUUUCGGAAAAUGUUAGAAAUUUUAAAAGCUUUAUUAAAUUUUAUGUAAAAUAUUUAAUAAAAAAUUUAAUAAAACUUUUAACAUUUCUUACA